AUGGCUGCAGUAUCGCCGGUCGAACAGCUGUCAAACGAUCUUCUCUCCGCUAUCCUCCAUCGCGUCGGCCGAUCCGGCCAGUUCCAGCACGCGCUUGUGUGCAAGAAAUGGCAUCGCAUCGCCCGUAGCGUGCACGACCACAUCCAGAUUCGCGAAGAGCGUCGCAUGCGUCCUCGCGAGCUGCUCGCACUACUCUCGUCAUUCCCAAGGCUCCGAAAGCUCGUCCUCGCCGUCGGCAGCAUCACAUCCGUCCCUGACUCCCUCCUCUCGGGGAUUGCCGACACGUGUCCAGAUCUGACGGACCUCCACGUCGAUUCGAUGGAACGAGAGUGCCGGCAGGGGGGGUUCACUGAGAACUCACUCUCGGAUCUCCUGGAGAAGUGCACGCGGCUGGAGGGACUUCAUCUUCAUUGUCAGUCGAAACUGACCGCCAUUCCCGCGUCAAUCGGCGGCCUUUCGUCACUCAAGAGCCUGCACAUCACCGACAGGGGGGGAAUCGCUCGCCUUCCAGACGCGUUCACCUCGUUACAGGCACUCGCGCAUCUCGUGAUUGAAAUGCGCAGCCUGGUUGAACUGCCUCAGGGCUUCGGCAAUCUGAGGCGGCUCAAGACGCUCCGCCUGAACGACUGCAUGCAUCUCACUUCCAUUCCCAAUCCUUUGGGGCAGCUUACUGGCUUGAUGCAACUUUCCUUCAGCGGGUUCGAGAGGCUUCAGCUGCCCGAAUCCAUUUCCAAUCUUUCAUCGCUACUGACCCUCGAAAUUUUCAACGGCCUCAUCCUUUCACCGCUGCCCGAGGGGUUCGGGAACCUGCCGGCGCUUGAAACCCUACGUUUGGAGGAUGUGGGGGGGAGCACAGAUCUGCCCGAGAGUAUUGGGCAGCUGCUUUCUCUAACGGACCUUAUCCUCGUGUCCCGAACACUCCAGCAUCUGCCUGACGACCUCGCUCUUCUGCCACGCCUACGCACGCUCAAGCUAUACGUUGGAACUGCCGUGCACCUGCGUCCCUCCACAUACCUUGCCACCACACUCAAAGACCUCACCAUUGAAAACUCUGCAACUCUACAUUCUCUGCCCGAGGAAUUCGGGCAGUUGACUGCCCUAGAGGCCCUACGCCUGGUUGACCUUUCUGAGCUCCACAGCCUGCCCGCGUCGCUUGGCAGCUUGACGAGCCUCAAGGAGCUGAAAAUAUCCCGUUGCCCGGCGCUGGCACAGCUUCCAGACGGCCUGAGCCUGCUGUCUUCUCUCGAGCAGCUGGACAUCAGUCACUGCUGCGAGCUGACAGCACUACCGCAGGGCAUGGGGAAUGGCCUGCAUCGCCUGCUCAGACUGAUUCUAGUCCAAUGCACAGCUCUCGCCGACCUCCCUCCAUCCUUCUCUGGCCUCUCCUCACUCGAAACCCUAGAAAUCAGUGACGCAACCAGCCUAGGCACGCUACCAGACGUGUUUUCCCACUUGACAAACCUUAAGGAGCUCUCUUUUUACUGCUUGCCGCACCUGUCCGCCCUGCCUCCCUCCCUCCCUGCCAUCGGCCGUUCUCUCACCAAGCUCGAGCUGCUCGAUUGCCCGCAAAUCACAGCGCUGCCAGAGGAAAUCGGACGGCUGGGAGCGCUUGAAAGACUCACGCUCUACAGUCUACCCAACCUGAAGUCGCUCCCUCGCUCGCUGUGUCAGCUGCUGCAUUUGAAAAAACUGCAGUUGAAAUACUGCAACGCGCUACAGUCACUGUUUGGGGAGGAAAACCAGGGAGCCGCAUCACAUGGCCGUGGGGCGGGAAGCACCCGCCUCGAGGUACCUGGUCACACGGGUAGCAGCAAUGCCGCUGGCAGCUGUUUGGGAUCCGAGGAGAGUGGCACGGGUGUGUCACUCCCAUCCCUCAAGGUUCUUCAAGUAUGGGGCCUUCCAGUGCAGCUGCUCGCGCCAUCACUGGGUUACUUCUCAUCCGUAACCUUCCUGGAUGACUUCUGGAAGCUCUCUGCUUUGAAGGAACUCUCGCUCUCGUCACUGCCCAAACUCCGCAGCCUGCCCGAAUCUUUUGCCCAGCUGCCCGCGCUGGAGAAGUUGGAAGUGAUCGACUGCAAGCGGCUGACUCAGUUACCCUCAGGCCUUGGGCAGAUGCGGAAGCUGCAGGGAUGCAUUGUCUCUAGCUUCCACCGGCGGGAGCCAAAUUUAAGGUUCGUGGUUCACGCAGCGAACCUGGACGAGGGAGAGCGUGUGGUGGAUGACUCGCAGGUCGGGGAGGAGGAGGAGGAAGAGGAUGAGUCGGAGGGAGAAGAUGACUCGGAGGGAGAAGAUGACUCGGAGGGAGAAGAUGACUCGGAGGGAGAAGAUGACUCGGAGGGAGACGAUGACUCGGAGGAUGAGGAUGAGGAUGAGGAGGAGGGCGAGGAUGAGGAGGAUGGGGAGGAUGAGGAGGAGGGCGAGGAUGAGGAGGAGGGGGAAGAGGAGGAGGGGGGGGAGGAUGAAGGGGAAGUCGGGACAGCUGAGGAGGAUGAGGGGCGUGAAGGCGAAAGGAGUGGAAGGGAGGGAAGAGAGGGGAACGAAGGGGAGGGGAGCGAAGGGGAGGGGAGCGAAGGGGACGGGGAUGAAGGGGAGGGGAACAAAAGGGAGGGGAGAGAAGGGGAGGGGAGCAAAGGGGAGGGGAACGAAGGGAAUGGGGGCGAGAGGGAGGGGAGCUAA